GCAGCUAAGGGCGCAGGUGGGACUCCGAGCCCCGCACAAGCGGCAGCCGCUCCCGGCAGUGAAGAGGGCGAAGCGACACCUCCGCCCCGUCAAAGUUGAGACGCGCCCGCCCGCACGCCAGGCGAACCGGAGGGGCGGUCGCCCCUCCCUCUCUCCCCCUCCCCCCGCCAGCUCUCGCGGACUCUGCCCAGUGCCGGGAUCGCUGCUCGCUCGCUCGCUCUGCAGGGGCCGCGCUCCGCCGCCAGCAGCCAGGAGCGGCUCUUCCGCGGACCCCGUUGCUCGGCGCUCGCCUCGCCCCUUCCUCCUCCUCCCCGCCCCUUCUCCCCCCUCCCCCCCGCUGCCAGCCGGAGCGGAGCCCGGGCGGCUCAUUGCGGAGUGAAGCUGCAGCCGCGAUGGCCACUACCGUGACCUGCACCCGCUUCACCGACGAGUAUCAGCUUUACGAGGAAAUUGGCAAGGGGGCUUUUUCCGUGGUGCGACGCUGUGUCAAACUUUGCACUGGACAUGAAUAUGCCGCCAAGAUUAUCAACACCAAGAAGCUUUCAGCAAGAGAUCACCAGAAGUUGGAGCGAGAAGCUCGCAUCUGCCGUCUCCUGAAGCAUUCCAACAUUGUUCGCCUCCAUGACAGCAUAUCCGAGGAAGGUUUCCACUACCUCGUCUUUGAUCUGGUCACGGGCGGUGAGCUCUUCGAAGACAUUGUUGCCAGAGAAUACUACAGUGAAGCUGAUGCAAGUCAUUGCAUCCAGCAGAUCCUGGAGGCUGUUCUCCAUUGCCACCAAAUGGGGGUCGUCCACAGAGACCUCAAGCCGGAGAACCUGCUUCUGGCCAGCAAAUGCAAAGGAGCAGCGGUGAAAUUGGCAGAUUUUGGCUUGGCAAUUGAGGUGCAAGGAGACCAGCAGGCCUGGUUUGGCUUUGCAGGUACUCCUGGCUACCUUUCUCCAGAAGUUCUACGCAAAGAAGCUUAUGGGAAACCUGUGGAUAUCUGGGCAUGUGGUGUCAUUCUUUACAUCUUACUCGUGGGGUAUCCUCCUUUUUGGGAUGAGGAUCAGCACAAGCUGUACCAACAGAUUAAGGCUGGUGCCUACGAUUUUCCUUCCCCUGAAUGGGAUACAGUCACUCCUGAAGCAAAAAACCUCAUAAAUCAGAUGUUAACCAUCAACCCUGCAAAGAGAAUCACAGCACACGAAGCUCUGAAACAUCCAUGGGUCUGCCAACGUUCGACAGUGGCCUCAAUGAUGCACAGGCAGGAGACCGUAGAGUGUCUGAAAAAGUUCAAUGCAAGAAGGAAGCUCAAGGGUGCCAUUCUAACUACUAUGUUGGCAACAAGAAACUUUUCAGUGGGCAGACAGACCACCGCUCCUGCCACCAUGUCUGCAGCAGCAGCAGCCUCCGGUGCCACCAUUGGGUUGGUGGAGCAAGCAGCUAAAAGUUUACUGAAUAAGAAAGCGGACGGCGUGAAGCCUCAGACAAACAGCACCAAAGGCAGCACCGGAGUUACCAGUCCAAAAGGAACCCUUCCUCCAGCCGCACUGGAACCUCAAACCACCGUUAUCCAUAACCCAGUGGACAGCAUUAAGGAAUCAUCCGACAGCACAAACACCACCAUAGAGGAUGAAGACACGAAAGUUAAAAGCACUGAUAAUGAGCUUGUAAAAAGUCACGUGAAUUCAGGAUCUGCCCCUGAACUUCCUUCCAGCCUGCAGACAUCUGUCAUCUCAUCUGCUGCUGCUGCAAUCACGGCUGCUUCCUCCAAGCUCUCUGAUGUAUUAGGCCUGGUGAAAAAGGGAUCAGGUACUACCCCUGUGGCUGAAGACCCAACAAAUUCUUCACCCUGCAUAUUACCAGCUAUUGCAAGCCCUCUCCCUCCCCAGUGCAUGGUGAAAAGGGGUCCUGGACCCCCAGAUGCUGAAGACCCAAAGCCUUCCAUUACCCUGCCUAAUCCAUCCACGGGUGUUGCUAAUCCUCUUCCUCUGCAGUCUGCCAAACUCUGUGAUGUGUUAGGCAUGAUGAAAAGGGGCUCUGCGCCCCCCGAAAGUGAAGAGUCAAAGACCUCCAGCCCCCUUUCUGGACCACCUUCUAUUGUCACCAAUUCUCUGUCUCCCUCGUCGCCAGCCUCCAAGUUGUCUGAUGUCCUAAGCAUGGUGAAAAGGGGCUCUGGAGCCCCAGAAGCUGAAGGGUCACAGCCUGCUGCCACCCAGUUUUUCCCAUUUCCACCCAUUGCUAGUCCUCUUCCUUCAGAUCCCCGCAAACAGGAAAUAAUCAAGAUAACGGAGCAACUGAUAGAGGCUGUGAACAAUGGCGAUUUUGAGGCCUAUGCAAAAAUAUGUGAUCCAGGCCUAACUUCGUUUGAGCCUGAAGCGCUGGGCAAUCUUGUUGAAGGGAUGGACUUCCACAGAUUUUACUUUGAAAACUUGUUAUCUAAGAACAACAAGCCCAUUCACACAACCAUCCUGAACCCUCAUGUGCAUGUCAUUGGGGAAGAUGCUGCCUGCAUUGCCUACAUCCGCCUGACACAGUACAUCGAUGGGCAGGGCCGUCCCCGUACUUGCCAGUCCGAAGAGACCCGUGUCUGGCACCGCCGGGAUGGCAAGUGGCAGAAUGUCCACUUCCACUGCUCGGGAGCUCCAGUGGCCCCACUCCAGUGAAGAAUUCAUGCUGGCUGUUCUGAUUUCAUCCCGAAGGAGAUGGUGAUUUCAGCUGAGCCACUAGCCGGGAGCAGCAGUGACAAGCACGCGCCCGCAUGCUCGUGUCCCCCCGUUCCCUCUCCUUCCCCUCUUUCAUUUCCAGUGCCUGUGUUUGCAAAGAGAGAGAGAGAGAGAGACAGAGAGACAGAGAAACACAGAAAAACAAAAAUCCAAGUAGACUCAAUUAUUUAAAAAAAAGAAGAAGCAGCAGCAGCAAACCCAGCCAAAUCCAUCCAGCUGUCUGACUUGCAGCCUGACUAUAAUGCACUCACCAUCCCUAUCAAUUCCAUUUUCCUUUUUUUCCUUUUGGUGUGCAGCUGUUCAAGUGACCAGAUGUUGCAGUGAAAAAUGUCUCAACUUCAAAAAAAACAAAACAAAAAACAAAGAUCCCAUCUCCUCCCUGCAUCCAUCCCAGUGUUGAACAGUGUUUGUUUGUUUAGUGAAUACACAUCUAUACACACACACACACACACACACACACACACACACACACACACACACUUAAUUUACCAGACCUUGGUUCAGCGGGCUUCAGAUGCAGUGGACAAAAUCUGUCCGUGCACUUUUUUGCAUCUGCUCCUUGGCCAUUUUGACACACGUGUAAAAUACACAUUUGCCAUUUUACACAUGUAUUAAAAAAAUUAACUGCAUUUUGCAAUUUUUUUAGAUGUGAUGGACAUCCCUUCCCCCGUGAGUCUGUUAAAUUCAGGAUCUAUUGUAAAUAUAUAUACAUAUAACGUACGUGUGUUUGUGUGUGUGUGUGCACACACUCACAUACACAAAGCCAAACACACAGCCCCCUUUUAUAGUAUUUGCAUUCUCUGCCAAAAGUAUGGGCCUUUUUCCUCUGGUGAUUGUGUUCGCACUUGGAAGUUUGUGAUCAGUGCUACCAUUUUGUUUUGAAGAAGACCCUUCCCCCUCCAGGCCCCUUCAUUUCCUUUCUCCUCUAGCUGUAGUUGUGGAUUAUGAUGACGCUAAUUAUUCAGCCUCUUCAUUUGAUUUCUUUGUUUCCUUUGAAUAGAGGGAGGGGGGAUCUUAUUGGUGGCGGAGGGGUUUUGCUUUUUGGGCUCCUCCCAGGCUAACACCACUGCCAAUGAUUUUCUGGUAGGCUUAUGACUGCAGCCAUCCUGACAGGUCUGUGGAUGAUGUAGUUGGAGUUACAUAUAGGCCUCGCUGCAAAUUUUUGGAUACCUGCGUUCUCAUUAGCACUUAACAUUUUACUAGCUUCUUGAUCCUGAUCUCUCAACAAGGGCUACUAACACUGGAAUUGUACUUGUGUCCCUACCAUAGUUUAUUAUUAGGAUGGGGAUUGCCCUUGCUUAGUGGGACUGGCUGGGAAGUUGUAAUGUCACUUCAAAGAGCUAGCAAGAAAAGAGUCAACAGUGCUAAAUCUCAGCCUUAUCUAGUGCUGGGAAGCUAUCUGUCCAGCAGAACAAGGAAGAGAUGCUUUCUUACACUCUGUAAAUGUUCAGCCUGCCCACCCCCUUUUCUCUUUACCUUCCAUAGAGUAUGUUGACUUAAAAGGAAUAGGAAGUGACUAUUUUUGGGAGAGGGUGCUUGAAGUUCUUAGCCUAGAAGAAAAAGAGCUGGUCAACAUAAAGUUGCAUAGGCCAUUCAUUCAUCUCCAUUCUCUCUCACUCUCUCUCUCUCUCUCCUCUGUGAAUUUACCUACAAAGAGAGCUGAGUAACAGCAAACUUUAAGAAAAUUGCUCUUCAGGGAGCUCUAGAUUCAGGAACUGACUCAACGGGUGGCCCCAAACACAUGAAACCAAAGGGGGCAAUUCUCCCCAUGGACCAAGUUGUAACAGCAUGUAAUGGAAGGUGGUGUUGUGGGAUCUUUCAUUGGCUGAGGGUGGUGUGAAUGAUGUCAGAUGCUGUGGAGCAGUUGCUAGUGCCAACUUCAGCUGCCCCAGCUCCCAGUGGAAGAUCUCAACAAUUGUCCUCUGCUCGUUACAUCUUCAUGCCAGGAGACUCAUAUUGGCCGUAGCAAAUGUACAGUGUGGCAUUUGCCAGAAUGUAUUAAUAAGAAAGCUCUGUUUUCUUCUAACGGGAUCUCCCCUCCCUCCAUCUUUAAAUAUUCACCUUCCUCCUCCCCAGCGGCUUGCUCAGCAUUCCACAGCUUCAAUUGAUUUCCUAGCAUGUGGUGGUUAGUUAAGUCCUUGUGACCACAGAGGCAAAUGAGUGAUUCCUCACAGACUAUGACUAGAGGAAUAGAUUUGGGAGGCGGGGAGUGGGCUGAAAUACCUUGCUACAAUGUGCAGGGCAUAAACCUCUAUUUCAACAAGUAGAAAUUCACAUUGUUGAUUCCUGCCAGGAAAGAUUUCAAGGCAAAGUUUAAUGAGGUGGUUGCUUUGAAGGGAGGGGUUUUUCUAGUAAUCUCUCUAGAGAUGGAGACACAGGAAAGUGGCACAAGUUGAUUUCAGUUGGCUUUGCUUCUGAGAUGGUAUGUGGGUUGCGCACAGAGUGUCAACUAAAUGGGAAAUCAAGUGGGUUGAUAUCAAGAACCCCAUAGUUAGAACUGGGUGAUGGAUUGGGGUCUUUUGAAAUCCUACUUUUCUUACCCAUUUAAAGUUUGGAGGUGGUCCCAUGGACUUCUUGUUGACGCUCCUUUUUCGUAGCUUGCUUCCAGUCGUCCUGUUGUUUAAUUAAACGGUGAAUUCUAGGUGUGCGUAGCUCCAGGGAUGACAGGCCAUCAUAGGGAGGAAGGCAGAGCCCAUGUUGCAAAUUUUUCCUUCAACUUUGGAUAAUUAGAUGUAUCUGAAAUACUUGCCUCAAAAGAGUCUGAGUAGAAUUCUUCCUGUAUGCUUUAGAAGCUAAAGCUCUUCUGGGUGGUUCUCUUAUCUCACCUGUGCCCAUCUGUGGGCUUUACAUUAUCUCUCAGUGGCUGUAAUAAAGGUGGAUUCCCCUGACUUAGGGGAGUUUAGUUAGCUUUCAUAUAUUCAAACAGUACUCAGAAAACGUGCAUGCAGAAAAUACAGUUGUUUCUAAUUUUUUUUUUUUAUUCCAGAGAUAGAAUUUAUGGACUAAGCCAGAUCUUCAAAUUUUUAUAAAGGGAUCUUAUCUAAAAUUACAUAACAAAUGUUAGUUUAUUAUAUUAAAACAGGUCUGGCAAACAAGGGCCAUAUGAGGUCUGUCAGGAAUGGAAAGAGCGUUAGCUACUAGACUGCACUGCCUCCCUUUCCCUGUUCAUUAUGAGAGCAAAAUAAAUAUUCCUAGGUCUCAAGGGUUUUCCUCUUUUUAUAAAUUACAGUUUUUGCCUUCGGAGGAACUUCUGUCACCAAAACAAACACGUUGAUUUCCUAGGACUGUAGAUUGCAGAACAAGAUUGUUGAAAACUUAGGUUGCACAGGGAAUCCACUCUACGUGAUGUGAGCUAAAAUAAAUGGGAAGGCAAUGCCGCUUUUGGAACGAAAGGUUGAAGUGCUAUUUUGCAUAACACAAAAAAAUUUACAAUUUAGGGGCUGAAAAUCCCCAAAGAGACUUUUUUUAAUUAGAUAAAAACCAUUUUUGCAGUGUCUCAAUCAAAAUGCCUCACCGCCUGACUUCCCCAAGUAUCCAUUACUUUACGAUUUGAUGCGAAUAGAAUUAAUUCAGCAUUUCAGUCUGAUGUAAAUAAUGCAAAAUUUCAAUCCCAGUGUUGUUUUUAGAACUCAUAUAGUCUGUAGUGAUAGAGAUGGGUGAAUGUAACCAAGUUCAAAUGCAUUUCUCUUUUUCUAAUCUAAAGUUUGUUAUGUCAUCUUUCCCCAUGUCAGCUCAUGAUUUUCCCCUAGAAUUUUUGUGCAUGGUUUUAAAUAUAUUUUCCCUUAGGUACAAAUGAGGAGUAAGUGAUAAAUUGGCUCUUGGGCAGUUGAUUUAAAUUGAAAGUAAUUGUUUUUCUAUGCACAAGUCAUACAAAGUUUUCUUAAGUAGAUUUAUUGAAAGGAACAAUAUAAAGUUACAAGGAUUUCAGCAAUUAAAUAUUUCCUACAGGAGUCCAUUUAUCUCCCAAGACAUGCCAGAAAAUUUUGGUUUUCUAACUCUCUGGUUCUCAGUAUUUGCAGCAGAAAGAAAACCAAUUAUGUAAGGUUGGUAGUACUUAGAAGUCUAAGCUCAACUACUAUGCAUGAGCAACAUUAAAAAAAACAACUGGGGGAUUACAAUAAGAGUGAGGACCCUAUCCUUAUUGUUGCAUUUCUUAAACUACAAACUUUCAUGCAAAAGUCAGAAACUUGUGUUGGUUUCAUGGAAGCACCCUUGCUUCUAAAACUUGUAAUGUGCUCACCAGAGGGCAGCAAAGUUAUAUUAAAACCUUGGGUAAUUUCCAUUAAUGUCAAAUAGAACCUUUCUGAAUCUUAAAGACAUCAUCUACUUCAAAUUCCAAAUUUCCCAGUAAACACAUCCAAUAGCCUUCCACCUGAGAAUCCUAUGAGUUGUAAUCUAAGGCAACUGGAAGACAACGGGUAAGGGAAGGCUGGCCCUGCUAUUCAGGUCAAUCGGGGAGAUCACUGAUAUAUCCUACCAGUUUAAAGAAUUGAGCUGUCAACCGUCCCACUGGCAUACGCAGCAAAGGAAACUCCUGGGAUAUUAUUUUGCCAAGUGUAUUUACUAUUUACUGAUAGAUCCAUAUAGGCAUAGUAGACAGCAAAGCCAGUUCUGACUUUUGCGCGAAAACCUGCAUAGUUAAAAUCCUCCUUUUCCCCCCUCGGCCACCCAUUGUCCCGUGUCCACCAAUCCAGUGCAAUCUCUUUGUUUUGGGAAAUAGUCUGCUCAUCUGAGAAGGCUCUCAUCAUUUGAUCUUGAGUUGUCGAGAUUCUCCCAGGCCACGGACAGUGCACAUGAAUUCAAUUCCCUCCCAGCCACCCAUUGAUUCCAAUCAUUCCUUCCUCCUCCCUGGUUUCUGUUGUCUGGCUGCGAGUGAAAGUGCAAUUAUAUGAGUUAUAUGAAAGUGGAAUUAUACGUAAUAUAAUUACAUAUAUUACAAUUUAAGUCUUCACAAAAAUGAAAACAUGUCUCAUAAGCCAGGUUGUAGUAGUCUCAAAAAAAUCAGUUAAACAGACUGAUUUUUAAAAUCGAUGCUCAUGGAGAACAAAAAUCGAAUUGAUGACUGGACCCAAGUUUUACUAUUGGCAAUUCUAGUGUUCAUAUUUAUAAAAAAGGUAAUCACAUCACAUCUUGUAUGUAAUCAGGUAUAGGCAAAUUUCUCGCACCGGUCUUGCCAACAUUUAAUUCUACAAAGUUUAACAAUACUUGGCUCUUGUCCAAGUGAUAAACCAUUGAUAAAUGAAGUCAAAUGAGCAGCCAGUUUAUUUGCAGGUCUUGCUUCUGCACUGACACUAUCACUUGACACCAAGUGAUUCUGCACCAUCACUUCAAUCUAUGGUAACUAAAGUUCAUAUCAUCAGAAGAACAUGUUUAGAGAUAAGAGUAUGGCCAUUGCUGUUAGGGUGGGAAUAAAAAAAGAUGACAAGCCGCAUUUAGUCACAAAAUUACACCAAGUACUGUAGUUUUUCUCCUAAUAGCCAAUCACUUUCUGAAAGACAAUCCAUACUUGAGUCUGCAACCAGUGUCAUCUUAUACAAGCCACCUAAUUGCUAAAACUGAGCGAAAAUCAGAUGAGAAGGCCAAGUGACCAUAGAGCUUGUGCAAAAGUGAGUCUUUUACAUGUAAUCAGUUGCAAAUGCCCUGAUGGGCGUGUGCUUACCCAAUCCCCAAGUUGUCUGUUAUGGUGGCUGGCAAGAGAUCUAGAGAUCUUGCUGAGCAGUUAUUCCUGCAGUGAAUUAUAGGACUAUUGUUAAUUCUAAGGAAGCUAUUCCUAACCACCCUUCAUUCCCAAGUACUUCAGAUUAAACCUACUUUGUGCCUACCUACCUUGCCUUGCUUUUAUCCUACUACAAGUGUACUACUCUUAACUGGAGUCUUAUAUUUUUGGCAGUCUCAUAUGAAACUGAUGGGUUUCAUUGCUUAUAUUGCUUCGUGCUUUUUGGGAGAAACUUGUCUGAAUCUAAAAAAAAAAGUCAUUGUCUGUAUUCCAAUCGGCUCCCAGUACAAGAAACACAACUUUGCAUGAUCUGAUGCUUCGGGGAUUCAGUAUCUUAAAGCUAGAUUGAUUGCAUGUAGUUGGCAAGAAGAACAGUCAAAAAUAGACUGCAAAUAUAUUAAGAUUGCACACCGAGGACUUAAUGUGCAAUUGUAACUAUGACUUCAGUUGAGAUUUGGAAGGUACUAGAGCUGCCAAACUACCUCCCAGAAAGAGUUAUGUGCUUGAUCAGAAAUUAGAACCUGUUGGGUUAAAGAACAUAAAUUGGCAGUAUUUUUGAGCAAAAAGGUUUGUUUUUCUGGAGAGUGAUAGUUGCUGUCAGAAACCAAAGCUGGAAUUUGAGACAAUGGACUAAGGGAUUAGUUGAGCUGGGAUGGUGUAAUGUAGUCUCCUUAACAAGUGGCAUGAUUAUUGCUGUUCCCUGUGCAUGUUCUAAGGGAGUUGCUUCUGGUGUCAUUUCUGUGGUGUCCCAUCUAAUUUUGUUACUAUGGUGUCCCAGUUCUUUACCCCACAAUGAUACUGCUUUCUAGUAUGACUUCUGUGAUGGCUUGCUUGUCUUGUCAUCCUACUAUGGCUGGUAUGCAAAAAUGAUAAUACAAAUGUCAGUGUUAAGUUGUGUAUUGGCUGCCUACAAGCAGGGUAAUCCACAUCUCAGAGACACAACAGAAGAAGCUCUAGGGCCCGGCAAUCAUUUUACAGCGUAAUGGACAGGACCAAUGAGAAGAAAACAUGGGAGUAUUGAAUUGCAUACCUGUUUUUUAGACAUUCCUAUGCAAAUUCACAUCCUUGAACAUCUCAGAGCAAUCCAUAUGGUUGAAAGUAAAGUUUUAGCAACUGGAGCUCAUGAUGAACUAUUGAAAUAGAAGACUCAGUUCCUGUUUUGGUUGACAACAAGCAUCUUAAUUCCAUGGGGAUGCUGCACCGUGGUGGACAGGACAGAUUUCACGUGAAAAUGGGGCGGGGAGCAUUUGGGCAAGCAUUAUUUUGUGCCUUAUGGCUAGACUGUAGUUCAGUGGUUUAGACUAUGUUCAGGCAGAUCUCACCUGUUUUUGCACUUUAGUUGUUUCUUCCAUCUAAAACUGCUCCUGUAGCACUGACAGCUGCUUAAGAUCCACAGGUUCCCCUCUGGUUACAAUAACCAAGGGCUUGGUUGCUCCUUGUGGUUGAUAGUGGACAAGGAAGCUUCUUUCAAUCUCUCUGAUGCGGUCUUGAAUUUUUGAGGGGUGAGGCCAUUGACUCAUUCCGCUGUUAAGUGUGAGCAACUCGAGAAGAGGAAGGAAGCACACUUGUGUGAUUGUGCAAACCUGACAGUUGGAGGCCUUCUAGUAUGGAGACGUUUCAUAGCAUUCAGGUGCAGCCUUAGUCCCGGUUCUCCUUGUAGACCAUCAUCUCAGUGCAGUAUUUUGCAUGGCUAAUGAAUGUAAAAGAUAAUUGGACCAAGAGAGAACGAUGGAACAGGGGAGGGAGGGGGGAGGGAGAUGUGAGCAGGCAUUGGGGGAAAUGUCCCACCAGCACUGAUAAUAACGUUGAAAGCACUUUAUAUCAAGAGAUUAAAUCUCUUAACAACUGCCCAGUCCUGAGAUUGGGCUUUGCACUGCACCACCGUAAUGGCUGGAGUGGCAUUCAGCGGAGCACAGGAGUGCAAGAAGACAUAAAUCUUGCUCCUUUUUCUAGAUGAAGCUUAAGGGUGGGGGGGGGGGCGGCUUCCCUUGUAUUGUUUCCCUCCCCAACACAGUUGUGUUCUGUGAGCAUGCUGAAGAACAGGAGGCAGGCUGCUUGCUGGGAUUUAGGUCAAAUAUCAUUUCCCCCCCUCCAUACACAAGACACCCGCACCGACACUCACAGCUCAAGUGGGGCUGUGGUCCCAUCAACCCCCUGCAUGCGCACACACAUGGGGAGGAAGUGCUUCCAAGACAGGAUUGCCCAGGGAGGAGACAAUGUUUAGAGCCAGUCGUUUCCAGCUGUUUUGCCUUUGCACCCUUGCGUUUAAAUGUUUUUGAUUUUUUUUUUUUUUGGCAUUUCUUUUUUCGAGGGGAGGAGUUGGAAAUGGGAGGUGGGUAUUCGAAUAAACAUGCAAAAAGGGAGAUUUCACAGUGGGGGGGCAUAAUAUAAUAUGCUUGUAUGGUUUCUGUGGAAGACUAACUUGAGAAGUGUCUCUACAUCCAUGUAUAUGAAAAAAAAACUUACAAGCCGCAUGUUGAAACAGGUGUUUCAUUAUUAAACAUUAAUGUACCAGG